UGUGUAAAAUGGUUAUUUUUAGUGGUUGCCAUAUGUGUUGACUUACAGCGUGUAUUCACAUAGGGCUACUUAUUCUCGUUACAAAAGGUGUGCAUGCUGCGUGAUAGAAAAGCCUACCUUUGAUACACAUUCCUGUCCCAGCUGACUGCUGCUGUGGCUAUGCAACACUAACCUGUUGUGUAAGUGAUAAAAAGGGGGAGAUUGUCAUCUGAAUGUGCUGACUUCCCACGCAGCCUAGGAAGGAAGCAACAACAGAAUGGCAUCAGUAGGAAGCCUAAUUCUUGGAUGGGCUGGAUAUCUGUUAUUAAUACUAUUUGGGGUCAUCUUAGUUGCGUUUGUCGGCUAUGUCCUUUACGUAAAAUACAUUCAUCUAAAAUACGACCACAUUCCGGGACCGCCGAGAGAUAACUUCCUACUUGGACAUAUGCCAACUAUUCUAUCAGACUCGAGAACACCAGGCCGCCAUAUCAACGAAAGAUUUCUGGAAUGGGCUGAGCAAUAUGGCCCUGUGUGCAGAAUCAACAGCUUACACAGUAUCUUCCUCAUUGUGUCUUGUCCAGAGGCAACCAAGGAGGUCUUGAUGUCACCAAAGUAUUCCAAAGAUCCGUUUGUGUACAAGCGCCUGUUCAAUCUGUUUGGUACAAGAUUUCUUGGAACUGGCCUUGUGACCGCCAUGGACCAUGAGUCAUGGUACAAGCAACGCAGGAUCAUGGACCCCGCAUUCAGCAGUGUAUAUCUGAGAGGUCUGAUUGACACCUUCAAUGAGAGAGCCGAGCGCUUGAUGACCAAACUGAGUGAGUUUGCAGACAGUGAGGAGCCUGUGCACAUGCACAAGAUGAUCAACUCAUUCACCAUGGAUGUCAUCACAAAGAUUGCAUUUGGAGUGGACCUUGACUUGAUGAAUGUCAAUGACUCUCCAUUUCCCCAAGCCAUUGAGAUGUGUCUAAAAGGGAUGGUCCACUAUAUCCGAGACCCACUUUUCCAGCUUUGGAGUAAGAACAAAAAGGUGAUUGAGGAAAUAAAGGAAGCUUGCCAACUGCUUCGCAAAACUGGAGCCAUGUGGAUAAACGAGAGGAAGAAGGCUGUCCAGAGUGGAGAGGAGGUCCCGAUGGACAUUCUCACUCAGAUCCUCAAGAGUGCUGAGGAAAACAAGAAAGAUGAUGACGAAGAAAUCAUGCUUGACAACUUUGUCACAUUCUUCAUUGCAGGACAAGAAACAACUGCCAAUCAGCUUGCAUUUGCAAUCAUGGAACUUGGAAGACACCCUGAGAUACUACAGAGGCUUAAGGAGGAAGUGGACGAUGUGCUUGGAGUUAAACAGGAUAUCAGCAAUGAAGACCUUGGUCGCCUCACCUAUCUAAACCAGGUGCUGAAGGAGACUCUGAGGCUGUACCCUACUGCCCCUGGCACAUCUCGCUGGCUGGCUAAGGACAUCGUCAUCGAUGGCAUCAAGGUCCCAGGCAACUGCGCUGUUCUCUUCAGUUCAUAUGUGAGUUCAAGACUGGACAGAUUCUUCAAAGAUCCAUUGACGUUCGACCCAGAGAGAUUUAAUGUGAAUGCUCCCAAACCUUACUACUGCUAUUUUCCCUUUGCGUUGGGCCCACGCUCCUGUCUUGGUCAAAACUUCUCUCAGAUCGAGGCAAAGGUUGCAAUGGCUAAACUGCUGCAGAGAUUUGACUUCAGCCUGGUGCCUGGGCAGUCCUUUGAGAUCCUGGACACAGGCACGCUGCGGCCUGAGAGUGGGGUCAUGUGCACGCUCAAACUGCGGGGCACUGCAUAAGCCACAGAGACAUUGGCCGUGUUUGUGACGGCGCAUUUCUGUGCACUCUGCGCAACGUGCAUGGGCAAUGAGAAAGUACGAUGCAUUCUGCUUAGAAAAUUCCGUCGUAAUUUCACAUUGCGUGUGCACGCAGCGCAAUCUGCGCAGAACUACACCAUCACGAACACGAGCACUGACUUUGUAUGUUUGGAGGACAAAAGUAUUCAAGCACUUUCAUUCUAUGUCAUAUCUAUAAGACUUUGUUAACCCCUUUGCGUAAAUCCUAGGUUAUAACCUUGCUGUCACCAAAAUUGUAAUGGUUAUGUCUUAAUCUGUUACCUAAGGCUCUCGAUAAUGUCAUAGCAGUGAAUAUGCCCGCCGGCGACCCCAUCUGCACAAAGAGGCUUCUGACAUAAAAAUAUCAUUGUCAUGAGUUGUGAUUUUCUUGGUAGCGUGUUUGUUUGAUUGUUUGAUUGAUUGUUUGUUUGUUUGAUUGAUUGGUUGGUUGACUGAGUUAAUCCUUGGUUACUCUGUGCAAAUAGAGCUAUGGAAAAUGUAUCUUUGCUUUUGAAAAAGUACAUUAUUGACUAUUAUUUAUUAAUUUGCAUAUGUACUAAAAUAACUGAAUAUUAAUAUACGUGUGUAUUAAUAUAAUAUUAAUAUACAUAUAUAAUUUAAAUUUUCAUAUUGGACAGUAGUGUGUUAUACUGUAUUAUACUCAGGGCUCUAAAUUAACUUUUUCCACCACCAGCCAAUUUGGCUAGUGGACAUUUUUUCUUACCAGCCAAACAGAAGUUCAACUAGCCAUUUUUUUUUAAUCUCGCCAAAAUAAACUAUGCAUUAGGCUAGUUAUUUUUUUUCUAAUUAAAUGGUCAUUUUGUCCAACUGUUUCUACAACACAGAUACACUAUAGGGCUGCAUAGGCUAUUAUAUGCCUACAUAAUAAGCAUAUUAUAGGCUAUAUAUUUUUUAAUUAUUUUGUAACUUCUGCUUUAUUUUUUACUUUCAUUACUUAGGCCUAAUUAAUUUGAUUAGUUUUUGUUCAAUUCCUCUGAAAACAGCUGAAUCACAUCACACAAGCCACUCACAUAACAGACCUAUAACAUACAGUAACCAAGCACACAGCCAAACACUAAACCUCACAUACGCACACCCCAAGGAAGGAGAAGAGAUGAGAGGAAAAGGAGAGGAGAGAGGAGGAGCUCUUCUCUACCAUGCGCAACAAAAUGACAAGAAGCCUAGUUUAAUUAAAAGUAAAUCUCGGGAAUCUUCGCUUCCUUUGUUACUUCCACAGUUUCAUCGUUGGUUGCUUUUUUUCCCUUUCCGAUGGCGUGGGCUUUCCAAUUGCGUUGCGCCAGGACUGAACAUUUCAGAAGACAACUGAACUGACAGCCACGGUCACACUACUCUGACAGUCGGCCCUCCUCCCCCGCCCCGGCCGCUAUUUCGUUCCAAAACCACUCAUUUUUAACGCCACUAUUUGCAACCACUACUAGCAUUCACCAACACACAGAACCUUGCUCUAACCCUCGCCACAUUCUCAUCACUCGCACUAAACAUAGUCUACACAACAGAAGUAGCGCUAUGCAUAAUCUGCGUAAGUCCUGUUAUUGAAACGGUCAGGGCCUCGCUGCUUCAAAAAUGCAGCCUGUUACAGCAAGGUUGACGUUAAAAAGGUUGUAGCGAAAGCGGCGAGAGCAUAGGAGGAGAGCCGCCCGUCAGAAUAGUGUGAGCACAGCUUAGCUGACAGAAGGCUGGUCGUCUGAAAUGUUUUCAAUCCUGGCGCGCGCAACAGCAUGGAGUUGACGCUCGAUGCACUGGAAAGCCUUGUGGAAAGCCCACGGUGGGAGGCUACGUCGUGACGCUAGUGUCCAUGGGUAAUGUAGGAAAUCUCGCCGUAUAACGUUCGUCAGAGCAGCGGUUUACCGUUCAUAAGUUACUGUACUCGGGCGCUACUAGCCAAAUUGGCGGGUAGGUAUUUUUUUCUACUAGCCAAAAUGAAUUUUCACCCGUGUUUGGCGUGUUGGCGUGUGUUAAUUUAGAGCCCUGAUAAUACUGUAUAGUAAGCUAUACUGUAUUUAUCAAUAGGCCUGCAUUCAAUAAUUGAACAAAACUGCAUCCACACAUAAUUUCCAGUUAUUUACACCUUGCAAAAUACAAAGUAAUAUAUGCAGCUUCAUUGUGCAUCACAAUAACAGCAGCCUACUGGAAAAAAAAACAUUAAAUAUGUGUUUUACAAGUUUGUUA